AUACGAUGGCGCCGCGGAUGGCAGCCACGGUGAGUCGCUCUCUGUUUAUUUGUCUUAUUUUGUGUGUUUUCUGUGUCCUCUGCUGUCCAUCCCGGAUCACUUUUACCAGAGAAGCUCUGUUAAACAUCGGACAGACUUCUUCUGGUACUUUCUCUCCUGUUCUCUCCGAUUCAGACUGUUUGUCGGAGAUUCUAGCCGGAGCGGCGGUGCUGUACAAGCUAGCGUACAAGCUAGCGCGACGACGGCGGCGCGAUGGACGAACUGCUGCUCCUCACUUCAAGGAACACGGACUUCAGCAGAUCCGCCGCGCUGUGCUUUGUGGAAACGUGGCUUAGCGAACGAACCCCCCACCACGCCGUGGAGCUAGCCGGGUUCAAGCUAAUGCGAGCAGAUCGCAGCGCGGAGCUCUCCGGAAAAUCAAAGGGAGGUGGUGUCUGUUUCUACAUUAAUGAACGUUGGUGUACUGAUGUCACGGUGUUGAAAGAGUUUUGCAGCCCUCUCCUAGAAACACUUUUCAUAAACUGCCGGCCGUUCUAUUCACCACGGGAGUUCUCCUCGAUCGUCAUGGCGGCUGUUUACAUUCCACCACACGCACGUGCGAGUGAAGCCACGCAGAUGCUGGCUGACCAGGUAACAGACAUGGAGAAACUUCUACCAAACUCACUAAUCAUUGUUCUAGGUGAUCUUAACAGGGCGAACCUCACACACGAACUCCCCAGAUACAGACAGCACGUAACGUGUCCCACCAGAGGGGCACAGACUCUGGACCACUGCUACACCGUGAUCAAGGAUGCAUACCACUCUGCGGCUCGUGCAGCUUUAGGACUAUCGGACCACUGUCUAGUUCAUCUGAUCCCGGCCUACAGGCAGAAACUAGAAACUUCUAAGCCUGUGGUGAGGACUGUGAGGAAGUGGACAGUGGAGUCAAGGCAGGACCUCCAAGCCUGCUUUGACUGCACCGAUUGGGGAGCUUUCGAAGCUGCAACUUCAGACUUGCAUGAACUCAGUGACACUGUCACAUCAUACAUCAGUUUUUGUGAGGAUCUGUGUGUGCAGACUAAGACCUUCUGCACGUACAACAACGACAAACCUUGUUUUACACCGAACCUCAGGAGGCUGCGCAAAGACAAGGAGGAGGCCUACAGGAGCGGCGACCGCGAGCUGUUCAGGCAGACCAGAAACACGCUGAACUGAGAGGUCAGGAAAGCCAGGAGGUGUUACGGGGAGAACCUGAAGAGACACCUCUCUGCCAAUCCUGAUCCCUCAACGGUGUGGAAAGGUCUGCAGAGCAUCACGGGCUACAAGAAACGAACCACCCGUCCUGUAGAGAGCCCUAGACUUGCUAACCAGCUAAACAAGUUCUACUGCAGGUUUGAUCGGUCCUCCCACACAACGGGACCUCCUGCAACACAAUCUACAUACUCACCUCUCCCCACAACUGCACCGUCCACACCUCUAUCAUCGUUGUCA